AUUCUCCGCUGAUGACCCAUCUCUUACCUCCUGUAGUAUCUCUGGUCCUCCCCGCAGUCCUGCUGUUGCUACUGAAGUUACCACUAGCAACUGGGCAGCGCCCGGCGGAGGACCUUCCACCGCUGUUGAUGUUGUCCUGCUUAAUACAGUAUAGUCCUUCAUUUCCAGAAACAGUCAAGGCAUGAGAAGAAAGUGAAUAUAUGCUGUUGGGAUGUUGGUGAGGCUGGCUAUGGUUAGCACGUAAGGUCGCACUGAGUGGCACUGCCAUGUUGCCAGGAGUCGGUGUAUUUGGCACGGGCAGCACAGCCCGAGUGCUGGUACCGUUGUUGAAAGCCGAAGGUUUUGAGGUCCAUGCAGUCUGGGGAAAAAGCGAAGAGGAGGCAUGCUGCUUGGCAAAGGAGCUCGGCAUCCCGUUUCACACCAGCCGAUCUGAUGACGUCCUGCUGCACCAAGAUGUCGACCUUGUUUGCAUCUAUAUUCCACCCUCAAUGACGAGGCAGAUUGCUGUCAAAGCACUGGGUAUAGGUAAGAACGUUCUGUGUGAGAAAGCUGCAACCGCUGUGGAUUCCUUCAAGAUGGUGACUGCUGCCAGAUACUACCCACAGCUGCUCAGCAUUAUGGGUAAUACCCUGCGCUUCCUGCCUGCUUUCGCGGCAAUGCGCCAGCUGCUGGUGGAGGGGUAUGUUGGAGAAAUGCAGGUGUGUGACGUCCGUGUGUAUGGCCCCACUCUGGAUCAGUCGUAUGGCUGGACGUGUGAGGAGCUGAUGGGCGGGGGCGGACUGCACACCGUCGGCUCGUCCAUCAUUGACCUUUUAAGUUACCUGACAGGUGAACGAGCCCUUCGUGUUCAUGGCUUAUUGCGGACCUUUGUACAACAAAAUGGUUUGAUCCGAGGCAUCCGCCGCGUGACCAGCGAUGAUUUCUGCUUCUUCCAGAUGUUGAUGGGUGGCACUGGGUCUCGCUCUGGCGGCGUUUGUUGCACCGUUACCCUUAACUUCAACAUGCCAGGGUCUUUUGUGCACGAGGUAAUGGUAGUCGGAUCCACUGGGAGACUGGUUGCCAGGGGGACAGAGCUAUAUGGCCAGCGCAAUGGGAGUAAAAGUGAGGAGCUGUUGCUAGGCGACAGUGGGUGGGCAGGGCCAGAGGUGAAAGAGAUGCCCCUGCCUCACCUGCAGGGUCUGAGCUCCAUGGUGAAGGCACUGAGACAGUCUUUUCAGGCUCACGAGGAGCGCAGGUCAUGGGCGCAAGGACCGGUCGCCAUGGCACCAACAUUUGAGGAUGGUCUGUACGUGCAGACCGUGGUGGAGGCGGUGAAGCGGUCCAGCUGUAGCGGAGAGUGGGAGUGUGUUGAGAUCAUGAGUCAGGAGCCAGAUCCCAAUCACAACCUGUGUGAGGCUCUGCAGAGAAAUAAGAACUGAAUCUAUUUAUAAACCCAGUGCGACUACUACGUGUCCGACGAGACGGCCUCUGAAUGUUUCUCCUUCCUGUCAGCUGCUGAGGCAGUUUAACCACGAUGACUCUUUUCCAUUUUCACAUUCUGCCACAUUUUGAGAAUAUUUUUGCUUUAGAAAUCAAAGCUGUGUUGUGGAUGAUUGUCCCUCACAGUUAUGAUUUGUUUGUACACUAAAUGUGUUGACCUCAGCUCCAUUAUUCUGAUUCUCAACCAAACAUAUUCCUAUAGCUGUGUCAAAAUCCACCCGUGCCCCUUUUAAAUGUUCAUUAUCCGUACCAUGCCAAAAAGUGUGCACAGCCUUUAGAAUCACUGGAGCUUAAAGUCACGGAGUAAUGAACGAAAAGUUCCUGCUAAAUAAGGUUGAGAUAAUAUACCACACCUAUAUCAAAUAUUGGCCUGGAGAAAAAGUCCUUGGGAGACAUACACAAACUUGCAGUGGAUAUAUUUAGAUUUUAAUGUAUUUUCAACAUGAUUAGCACCUUAUUCUGAAAGGAAGUGGGCAUGAGGAUGAUUUGAUUAACAAAACGUGUUCAGUGCUCACUGUGUGGUGACUGGCAGAAUUCAAAUGAUGCUCUAUUGGAGCUCAGCCUCUUUAAAACAUAGAAUAAGAAUAAUGGAGCUGUGCACGAUUUCAGUUUUAGUUUUUUGGAUUGUGUAACAAUAAGCAUACAUUUAAAGAAUGGCACAGGGGCUUGUAGGUUUUGAUGUUUAAAUAUGCCAUGGCAUACAUAAAAUACCAGGGAUUGAGUAAAAUAAGCUAUGUUAAACUGAACAUUAAAAAGUCUAAUUUAUAUAAAUGCCCUGAAAAAUGUAAAAUUCCUAAAGUAAAAUGUAGUCUUAAAUCUUUCUUUUAAGUGUCACUUGCAUCCUGUAGGCAAGAAAACAAUCAACAUUAUAAUUCUUCACAAACAGAGCAGUUAUGGUGAUCUGAAAUUAAAAACUGCUAGUGUGGAUUUCAGUAGUGGCACGUUUCAUUGUGGGGAGAAAAUAUACCAUCUAAACUUCAAACCACUCCUUCAUCCAUAUGUUCAGCAUCUGAUUAAGAUAUUACUACUUCCAGACACUUAAAGAAGCUUCAAUGAGGCCGAUACAUCAAGUGUUUUUAGUAAUGUUUUAUAUAAACGACUUCUGGCACAUAUAGGCGGAGGUGAAGAAGUAGCAUUACCUCCACUGUUAAAACUCACCACCAAUAAUCCAUUAAAACUUUCAGGAAGGAAGGAAACCACCACUUUUUUAACAGCCACCCGUCAAGCUUAUAUAGGAUAAGCAUCUGAUGCUCAAAUGAAAGAUUUUAGGUUGAGUAACGCAAUGAAUCUUAGAAUUCUCGAAAUGACCGAUUAGUGACCUUUUAUUGUUAUACUGACAAAGUUUUAGAUAUUCAAAGCCUUAGGAUAUUUGACAACUAGAUUUAGUUUAAAAUGUGUGUAAAAGGUUUGUUUACAUGUGAUAACAUUGAAGUUAUUUUAAUGUUUUUUGAAAGAUUUCAUGCAAUCUAUGCAUUUUAAGUUAUUACAGAUGUUUAAAUCAAGAGAGUGGAGUCUGCCCUUCCUCCUAACACCUUACUGAUCUUUUCAUUGAGUAGAACCACUGGAUCUGAUGUGCACAGUAGUGUAAAUGUGUGCCUCUCUAAGAUACUCAGAACAAGCAAAGUUUUUGGUUGUAAUAGUCACUCACUGCAUUUCAGUACUGCUGAAUAAUAUUUGGCCUCGGCGCUCCUCCUGCUGAGACAGGAGGUUAGGACAGAAACAGGGUGCUGUUUUUUUAUUGGUCUGUUCCUUUCCUAGACCAACGCAGGAUCUGCAUAUAAGGAUACAUGCACCUAACACGCUUACCUCACGCUAUCCUAACAAUGCUUUGUAAUUAAUCAAGUUUACAAUAAUUGUCUUUAUAAAACACAUCACCUUUUCCCCGCAGGAUGUUUGAUAACCCACCACUAUUAAAAUACAUUCCAAGCUAGUUUUCACCUUCUUCUUUUUCUCUUGUUUUUUGCACUGAUAACUGAUAAAGCUGCCACAUAUUUAAUAUGCUGUGUGUUGCUAUUACCAGCCGGCUCACUGCGAAAAUGAAUUUAACACAUCUCUUCAUAAGGAAGCGUUUUUGUAUUUAUUUUUGUCUUGGUGUGGAGAAAGUUUCCCAUUGUUUAAUUUGUUCAGUGUUUUUGUCUUAAGUAUGUGAAUUUCUGUUGUAGUAUUUAUCCUGUUUAGAUUAAGUGUUUAAUAUGGCUUUUUGAGCACAAUGUGUUAAAUUUAUGUUGGGAAACUGUACUGUUCAUUUCCCUGACAGAUACUUCCUUAAAUAAAUACAGUUGUAUUCA